UGUGGACACUGUAGAGAUCCCAGCCAACUGUCCUGGGCUCUCCUCUGUGCACUGCUCCUGAGUGCCUGAGUGCAUCGCCAGCCCCAGUUCCUCUUAUUCUUUCUCAGGGCCUCUUCCAGAAGCCCAGAGGGCUGAAUGAGAGCAGCCCUUCCACACGGCUAGACACAGGAGGGACAGAAGAGCUCUGUCUGUGAUGGUGAAGUGCUUUAACCACAAUUGUAAAGCCACCUUAUUCAGUGCAUUGAACCCAGGGCCUUUGCACUGACCUACAUCUCCAGCUCAUCUCAUUGACUGAUUCACUGAGUAUUUUGGGGACAAGGUCUGGAAACCGUGUCAGGGCAGACACCAUGCGGUGCUCCAGUAGGAAAUGCUUCGUAACCUCGGCAGGCGUCAUGCUCCUGUGGCUCUUCAUCACUUUGCAGAUCCCCAGGGAGACUGAAGAUGGCCAAGACGUGAUGACUAUGAAAGGCCAAGAGGAUUUCUCUGUUUUGCCUUUGUUGAUGCCCCAGGAGACCAGUUAUGACAGUAAGAAGAACUCGAAGCCACCGCAAGACUGGCACACCAUCACCUUGAAAUAUACACAAAAAAUCCAGAAAAGAAGGAAGACGUGGCUGACGGUGGGGAUCUCCGCAGUGUCAGGAAAGGAUCCAAACAGCCUUGUGUACACACUGGCCACGCUGUACAACGCCUCCUCCAAAGCCGAGCUGAAGCGUCUCACUGUGCUGGUGCACCUGGCAGAUUCUGACUUCGCCUGGCUCAAAGACAUUAUUGCCCAAAUUUCUAGCCUCUUCAGCGCACAGCUCUUGGCAGAGCAGCUGCUGCUGAUCCGCGCUCCGCCUGAUGCCUACCCCACUGUGGAUGGCAACCACAGCCCUGAGGCCCACGAAGGGGAAGGCUAUUCUAAGCAGAACGUAGACCAUGCCUUCCUGAUGAGCUUUGCCACAAACCUCUCUGAUUACUUCCUGUUAAUAGGGGAUGAUGUCUUCUGUGCCCCCAACUUUGUCACCCACAUUUAUUCCAAGGUGACUGCCCUGAAGCCCCGCCCAUGGGCGCUGCUAGAGUUCUCGAAUGCACGCAUCACUGGCAAACUCUUCCAUAGCAGGGACCUCCCCGUCCUGGCCCACUUCCUCCUCCUCUUCCACAGGGAGAAGCCCCUGGACAGGCUGAUCCUGCAUUUCCGCACCCUCCUGGUCCAGGAAAAUCCGAUCCUCUACACACCAUUCCUCUUCUACCACAGGUUGUCCCACCCCUCCUUUGAUGAUGAAGAGGACACAGUAGUUCAGAAAAUGAACCCAUAUGGUCCUAGCAACCUCCCUGCAUCUGUCUUCACGGAUAUGAUUGUUUCUGACGCUCACUUCCCCUGGGAGGCCUACACUCUGGACGAGUCGUUCUUUUGGACAAACAAUACACGCAUAGGGAACCACUUGACAGUGCUUUUGAACAACCCAACGAGGCUGAGCAGAGUGCAGGUGAUGACGGGCUCCCUCGUGGAGGGAAAGUACGCCCUAAGGAAGGGGCAGGUGGAGCUAGGGUAUGAUCCCCAGGGGAUGCCCCAGGACUGUACCAGCUUUGAGCUGCUGGGCUGGCUCAUGCAAGGGCAGAUGGACCAGGAGCUACCGCAGGAAAGCAUGGAGUACCCCGUGAGCUGUGUGAGGCUGGUGGUGAAAGCCAAUCAAGCUGGUGGUCUCAUGAUCAGACAUAUCUACCUCUGGGAGGAAAAUGCCCCAGAUGGAGAAGAAAGCAGAUGAGAGUUGAUGGCGAAAUCAGUAAGAGUACAAAAAAUAAAAUCUGGA